AUGAACGCACCAGACAGAUUCGAACUGUUUCUACUGCCCGAGGGAGAAGCCAAACUCAAAGUGGACCCAGAUACCAAGGCCCCGAAUGCGGUGAUUGUCACGUUCGAGAAAGAAGACCACACACUCGCAAACCUGAUACGCGGAGAGCUUUUGGAAGACGCAAAAGUUCUGUUUGCUGCGUACAAGGUGGAACAUCCGUUGUUCGCACAGUUCAAAAUGAGAAUCCAAACGGUGGAGGGCUACGACCCGAAAGAAGCGCUCAAAAACGCGUGUAACGGGAUCAUCUCGAAACUGGGCCAGUUGCAAUCGAAUUUUGAAACGGAAUGGAACCUGCAAACGCUGGCGUCGGAAGACAACUAUGCGAUGUAG